AUGACUUGUAAACCAUGUCGAGAUUUCUAUCGGAAAGACUGGGAUAAGAGAGCUUUCACUGUGGGAUUUUUUGGACCUCCAGGUUCAGGGAAGACAUCUAUUAUUCAUGAUGUGUGUAAAGUUUUGAAUGAGAAACAUAAUAUAUGUGUUGUAACCAAUGAUGCCUAUACACAAGAGGAUGCUGAUUACUUGGUUACAAAAGGUGCCUUACCAAAAGAAAAAGUGCGUUCAGUCAUAGUUGAAGGCUGUCCUAUGGCUGUCAUGAAUAAGGAUAUUGAAGUCAACUUAAAGGAGAUAAGAUCUCUCACAGAGCAGCACCAUCCUGAUAUAAUUCUUCUAGAAUCUGCUGGAGAUUGUUUGGCAUCAUAUUUCAGUCGAGACCUUGUGGACUAUGCAAUUUUGGUGAUUGAUGUAGCAGGUGGCCACAAAUUGAUACACAAAAGAAUUGAAGGUAAUAACCACAGUGAAUUGCUCAUUAUCAACAAAAUUGAUCUUGCUGAAGCAGUUGGAAUAAAUAUGGAGGAUUUCAAAAUGGAAGUGAUAAUGACUCGAAUGGAUAGAGGUCUUCUCUUUACAUCUACCAAGAACAAAAAAGACAUGAAACAUGUGGCUGAAUCUAUAAUGUAUUCUUGGAGGAACCAUACCCAACAAAUUCCACCACAAUGUCCUUGA